AUGGUACACGAUUUUUCAAACUCUGCUACAUCCAACCACUCCGCCCAAGAUUCGUCCAAUUCUCAUGCACCGACAAGACAGCAAUCAGAACCGGCUGCAACAGAUCAGCAGGGCUCGCAGAACGGAUAUACACAAAAUACAACCUCACCUCGCAGCUCCGCUCGAACCCCAAGAUCGAAAACGCCAAAAAUCACACCCCAAAAGGUGAUGGAGGUUGCUGCUGCACGGAAGAUUAACCCCAAAUUUGUGGAAAGGGCGGCCAGCAGAGUCAACUCCGCAAUCCAACAUCAGAACAAACACCUGACGGACCGAGGGCUAUAUUUGGCGCUUGCUACGAGGUUUAAUUCGAUAUACUCGCGUGAACUGGGAGCCCGCCAAUGGAAAGCCGCCCACGGAGCAAUAUAUAAGGCGAAGAUAUAUAACCGAGAGGUCAUCAACAAAAGUGUAUUGCCUGCAUUGAACGAUGAUGCGAAAGCCCUGCUACAACUUGUUAUCGAUGACACCUAUGGAUCUUUCCGAAAGGCAUGGAGCGAAUUGCAACGGCCCGCUCGAGCCUGGGCCUGGCAGCGCCUGGCCAUUUGGCUUCUCCAAAAUGACCCGAAGAAGGCCUUGGAUUUUUUAAUCGUGACCAGCAAGCCUCAGGAUAAGCCAGACUUUACCAUGGUUGCCGACUGUUUCAUUUACUUGGAUAGGUUCCACUAUGAUGACUGGCUUCGAGACUGGCGGCAUGGCUCUCACACUUACGCCUCAGCUGUUGCAUCUUGUCUGGAUCCGACGGGCUGGCCGAUUAUCUCUCCACCCCAAUUGGGAAUGCGGCUCUUCAUUCGUCGAUCAGAUUUCUCGGCUUUGAUGAAGGGGUUUCGGAUAAUAAAUGAGCGAGGCAUCACGCUGUCAGCGGAAACAGCGCUUUGCCUUAUGAACAAAUUCACCGAAUUAAAUAAUGUGGAACUUGCGUUCAGUGCGCUCGAGUUUCUUCCCAAAAUCAAGGAUCCAAACUUCACUAUGACCUCGGAAGGAGUGGUACGGCACUGUUGCAAGCUUCUGACCCUUGACACCGUGGAGGAUAAAGCCGAAGGCCGCAAUUUCCGCAUUCUUCCACGUCUUCUCAAAAUGGGGGUUCAGCCAGACCGUGACAUGUUGAACGUCGUGCUCGCUAACGCUUACAAAACCGGCGAUCCUCAGCUUGGAGAGGACAUCCUUCGGUUCAUGCAGAACCACAACCAUGAACCUGACUCAUAUACUUACUUGACUCUUCUUACCGACGCAGUCGCUCGAGGUGACCGCGGCCGUGUGGACGAGUUGGUCCAAGAAGUCGAGUUGCAAGACCAGCUGAAAGAAAAUCCCUACAUCUUCAGCAAAAUUUUCCACGCCCACUUUACUUUCACUGCAAAGCAUAUGGACCCGGAGACCGACCCCGCAGGCGUGUUCUACUCCAUGCUCGAUAUGUACAACAAACUACACGACAUCUCUCCCCUCAAAGAACUUCUUUUGAUUCCCCCUCAAUACACAUCGCCGUCAACAGGGCUUGAGACCAAAACUCCCCCUUCUCCAGUUGCCCUGUUCCUCAUGCUCGCAACAUUCUUCCGCUGCAGGAACCGGGUUUCCCAGGUGCAUCGCAUGUACGACCAGUUCCGUGAACUGGUACAGAUGGGCCACCCGUCCAUCGCUCCUCUAGUGGAAAGCGACCACGUAUAUAACGAAUUUCUCAUUGCCUUCCGCAAGAGCCCCCGCGGGCUGCGGUCAAGCAUCCGGCUCGUCGAGGACAUGCUGGAUCCAUCUUCUUUGCCGACGGAGACCUCAGACGGAAAGCGCCUCAAGCACACUGCACCCACCCCUCGCACUUGGACUAUUCUUCUUAGUGCAUUUAAUUAUAACCGCCAGCCUGACGCGGCCGAGAAGGUCAAGGAGAUGAUGGCUAAGCACAAUGUCAAAUACAACCAGGUGACCUGGAACACCAUCAUUAAUGGUUUCGCAAAUACUCAGAACAUUCCGGAGACUGCAGCUGCGAUUAGACAGAUGGAGCAACAAGGAUUUGCCAUUGACCAUUACACGAUGAAGAGUCUGCGCUACCUCCGUGACCCCGAACGCCUUUGGGUAUCUAUCGAGGAAAUGGAUCAGGCCUAUGGUCCAGACAAUUAUGAACCUCCUGCUCGAGAGCCUAUGUCUGAUGUGCACAAUGGCCAAGAGGAGCGUGAUCUGCUGAUAGAUAGUGGCUUGGAGAAGCUGGGAUCGAAGUCAAAGCCGAAGAUUUGA